GAGCAAACAAACAAAUAAAAAAAAAAGCAAAAUUGGUCAUAGAGAUAGAGAGAGAAAGGCGAGGGAAAAUUAGGGGUUUUUUAGUUUUUGAAGAAUUUGGAUCUAAUUGUACAGAUCUGAGAAAUUUGUAGAAUUUUGGGUUCUGGGUUUGGGUUUCUUUAGUUAGUUGUGGAUGAAUAUGGAGGAGCUGAAGAAUCAUUCGAAUUCUGAAGAGAAUGGUUCGGUGGACUCUCUUGAAGUUCGAUUUACUGAUUUCUGCAAGAAUGGAUUGUCGAUGGGUGAGAGUUUUAUGGUAGAAGCUAGAAAGCUGUUUAUGGACAGUAAACAUCUUUUACUGUCAAAUAAUGCUGCUAUUGGAGCUAUAACGCCGGAGGAAGUUGAACGGUAUUGGUUUGUGUUUGUUCUGUUCUCGGUGAAGAGAUUAAGUGAGAAUGAAGCUAGGAAUUCGAGUAAUGGGAAUGAAGGAAAUGGAUUUGAUCUAUGCCAAAUUCUGCGAGGGGCAAAACUCAAUGUUCUAGACUUCUUCAAAGAAUUACCACAGUUUAUUGUUAAAGUUGGUCCAGUAUUAAGCAACCUAUAUGGUUCAGAUUGGGAGAAGAGACUUCAGGCAAAGGAAUUGCAGACCAACUUUGUGCAUUUGAGCCUUUUAAGCAAGUACUACAAGCGCGCAUAUCAGGAGCUGUUUUUGUCAAGUGAUAACAAUGAAGUAAAUCAAUCUGCUACUUCUAAUUCGAUUGUCCUCUUGCCACAAUAUUAUCGUUUUGGCUGGUUGCUUUUUCUUUCACUUCGCGAACAUGCAUUCAGCCGCUUCAAGGACCUUGUGACAUGCACAAAUGGUUUAGUUUCUGUGCUGGCAAUCUUAAUAAUACAUGUGCCUGUCUGCUUCAGAAAUUUCAACAUCAAUGACUCCCCACGAUUUGUUAAGAAAGGAGACAAAGUGGACUUGCUUGUUUCAUUAAGCAGCAUUUACCAGACCUCGAUAGAUGACUUAAGGGAGACCAUGGACAAAGUUAAUAAUCUAAUAACAGUAAAGUUGAAGAAGGAACUUUGUUUGGCUUCAGAAUGCAGGGCAAAGAACCUGGACAAUAUCGACGCAGAUGGUUUGACGUAUUUCGAAAAUUUACUGGAGGAAUCAUCUUUAUCGUCAAGUAUAUGUAUACUGGAGAAGGAUUACAAUGAUGCGAUUCAGAACAAAGGUGAAUUGGAUGAGAGGAUUUUUGUCAAUGAUGAGGAUAGCUUGCUGGGGUCAGGGAGCUUGUCUGGAGGUGCAGUCAAUAUGAAUGGAAUCAAGAAGAAAUUUGACGCAAUGGCUUCCCCAACAAAGACAAUUACAAGCCCACUAUCUCCUUACCGUUCUCCUGGUGCUUCCAAUGUUAAUAGCAAUCCAAAUUGUGGUAACUCAAAGAUGGCAGCUACCCCUGUAACUACAGCGAUGACAACUGCCAGGUGGCUGCGUACCGUCAUAGCUCCACUACAGGCAAAACCUUCACCGGAGCUGGAGAGAUUUUUGUCCGCCUGUGAUAGGAAUGUAUCAGCUGAUGUGAUCCGGAGGGCUCACAUUAUUCUGGAGGCUAUAUUUCCAAGUAGUGGUCCUGGGGAGCAUUGUGCGGCUGGGAGCCUGCAAAGCACGAGCUUAAUGGACAACAUAUGGGCAGAGCAACGUAGAUCUGAGUCUCUGAAGUUGUAUUAUAGGGUUCUGCAGACUAUGUGUGUCGCAGAAUCCCAGAUUUUGCAUGCGACCAAUUUAACUUCGUUGCUAACCAAUGAGAGGUUUCAUAGAUGUAUGCUUGCCUGCUCAGCUGAACUAGUUCUUGCCACUCACAAGACAGUUACUAUGUUGUUUCCAGCUGUUUUGGAGAGAACAGGAAUUACAUCUUUUGAUCUCAGUAAGGUGAUAGAGAGCUUCAUCAGGCAUGAAGAAAGUCUUCCUCGAGAACUGAGACGCCAUUUGAAUUCACUUGAAGAACGACUCUUGGAGAGCAUGGUUUGGGAAAAGGGCUCUUCAAUGUACAACUCUUUGACUGUUGCAAAACCAUCACUUUCUGCAGAAAUUAAUCGCCUGGGCCUGUUGGCUGAACCGAUGCCAUCCUUGGAUGCUAUUGCAAUGCACAUUAACCCAUCUUUGGGGAAUUUACCACCAGUGCCGCCUUUACAGAAGAGUGACUUGGCCCCUAAUGGUCAUAUCUGUGAUAUCCGGUCACCGAAGAGAUUGUGUACUGAAUAUCGUAGUGUGCUGGUUGAGCGAAAUUCCUUCACAUCACCUGUGAAGGAUCGUUUUCUGGCUCUCACCAAUAUAAAGUCAAAGUUUCCUCCACCUUUGCAGUCUGCGUUCGCAAGUCCAACAAGACCAAACCCUGGUGGUGGAGGGGAAACAUGUGCUGAGACAUCCAUCAAUGUAUUCUUUGGCAAGAUUGUGAAGUUGGCUGCUGUCAGAAUCAAUGGCAUGAUUGAGCGGCUACAGCUUUCUCAACAAAUAAGAGAGACUGUAUAUUGCCUUUUUCAGAAGAUUCUCAGUCAGAGGACAAGUCUUUUCUUCAGCAGACAUAUUGACCAGAUCAUCCUUUGCUCUUUCUAUGGAGUUGCCAAGAUUUCACAACUUAACUUGACAUUCAAAGAAAUCAUAUACAACUACCGAAAGCAACCUCAGUGCAAACCACAAGUUUUUCGAAGUGUUUUUGUUGACUGGACAUCAGCGCGUCACAAUGGGAAAACAGGUUCAGAACAUGUGGAUAUCAUCACGUUCUACAAUGAAAUGUUUAUUCCUUCUGUUAAGCCAUUAUUAGUUGAGCUUGCACCUGCUGGAAAUGAGCAAAAGAAUAACCAUGUUGAAAAAACCAAGAACGACGGUCAAGGUCCAGCAUCCCCCAGACCAUCUUCAUUUCCCAGUCUCCCCGACAUGUCUCCAAAGAAAGUAUCUGCUGUUCAUAAUGUUUAUGUCUCCCCGCUGCGAUCAUCGAAGAUGGAUGCGUUGAUUUCCCAUAGCUCUAAAAGCUAUUAUGCUUGUGUGGGAGAAAGCACUCAUGCUUAUCAGAGCCCCUCAAAAGAUUUGACAGUAAUCAACAACCGCUUGAAUGGCAAUCGGAAGCUCAGAGGCGCUCUUAAUUUUGAUGACGUUGAUGCUGUGGGCUUGGUUAGUGAUUCCAUAGUUGCCAACACCCUUUACCUUCAAAACGGGAACUGCAUAUCAUCACCUCGUGCAGCUGUGAAGACUGAGCAGCCCGAGCCCUAAUACCUGGACAAACUUGCAUUGUAAAUAGGCUUUCGGAUCAUGACAUUUCUUUUUCCUAGUUUUUAAGGGUAUCCUAAACGUAGAGAGAUGUAUAGGGGUGUUGAAUGAGCGGUAUGUUUAUGUAAAAUGCCCGCCACCAACCCGAUGCUUCUUUUUUAACUGUUGAUUUCUGAUUCUGGGAAUAUAUAUAGAGAUAGAUAGUCUUGUUCCUUAAUAAGAGUAAUAGUUGUACAUUACACCACUGGUGUUUUUCUCAACAACGAUGAUCGUUCUUUUCGAUGUUUUUUUGAGGAAAAGAAAAUAGCCAAGAA